AUGUCUUCAGCUGGUCGUCCUCGCGUAGUCGUUAAUGGAAUUAGACGAACGAGAACGUUCCACCACUUCUGGUGCUCAAAUUGCCAACGUACCGUUAGAACGACCUUUUCAAACGCAUACGAUACUUCGUGUCCCUAUUGCUCCGACGAGCUUCAUCUCGAGCUCGACGUUUCAAGUCCGCGGCUUCUAAGAACAUCCGAUCAGCCGACCACCGGCCGGUUAUUCGAAAACUUGGCCCUCCUUUUAGACCCCACAAUAAGCCUGCCAUCCCGAGAGCCCGCCAAUUUCGGUAGGAGCAGGGGCGGAGCACUAGAGCCACACCUUCUCGAGGGUAGGAGAGAAGAAUGGCUAUAUGACACAGAAGAAGGUCCAGGUCCAAAUCUUCAAUCAUGGAUUACCCUCCAAUUCGGAGAAAACAACCGAGGCGGCAACGAAGAUGAUCAUGACAUUGAGCGAAAUGAGAUCCUCAGAGUUGGGACGGCGCGGAACGGCAUCCAACAACGUCGUCCUGGGCCACAACCGGCGUCGAGGACGGCCAUCGAGGCUUUGCCGACGGUGAAAGUGACGGAAAGUCAGUUGAGGAAUGAGCCGAUCUGCGCGGUUUGCAAGGAGGAGUUCGAGGCCGGUGGGGAAGUGAGAGAGUUGCCGUGUAGACAUUUCUAUCACUCUGAUUGCAUUGUCCCUUGGCUGAGACUUCACAAAACUUGUCCCGUUUGUCGUCAAGAGAUUGAUGAAUCAGGAGAUUUUGCCAAUGCUACUUUUGAGGACGAUCAUGGCCGGAGCUUUGAAGAAUUUGUGAGCAAUUCAUUGCGCUGGCGGUGGAAUCAGAUUCUUUCUUUCUGGCCAUUUCGUGCUUUUAUCGAUUAUUGGACGCAAAGGAGCUUGGAUUUUCCGCGUCUAAAUAUGCUUGGAGUUGGAGCCAGAUCUUGGUGGCCUUCUCGGCUCAUUCUCUAGCUUUGAGUAUUGCAGCAGCCACAAAAAGAAUUUCCGAAUAUUUGAGAACUUACCAGGUAACAAUUAAGG